AUGAUAACAGGAGAUGAUUUGUACAAGGUGAUGUGUGCCAUGGUGCCUCUAUAUUUCGCAAUGCUAGUAGCAUACGCUUCAGUGAAAUGGUGCAAGAUGUUCACCCCAGACCAAUGUUCCGGAAUCAACCGCUUCGUGGCAGUGUUUGCAGUUCCUGUGCUCUCGUUCCACUUCAUUUCCAUCAACAACCCUUACCAAAUGGACAUAAAGUUCAUCAUAGCAGACACAAUCUCCAAGCUCCUCGUCCUACUCUUGCUCUCCCUUUGGGCCAUCUUCUUCACCAAAGGCUCCUUGGACUGGCUCAUCACUCUCUUCUCCCUCGCCACCUUGCCCAAUACACUCGUCAUGGGCAUCCCUCUCCUCCAAGCCAUGUACGGCGACUUCACCCAAAGCCUCAUGGUGCAACUAGUUGUCCUCCAAUGCAUCAUAUGGUAUACUCUACUGCUGUUCCUAUUCGAAUACAGAGCGGCGACACUAUUGAUCCAAAGCCAGUUCCCAGGGCCCACAGCGGCGUCUAUAACAAAAAUCGAGCUUGACGGGGACAUAAUAUCCCUCGACGGCCACGACAUGCCGCUGCGAACCGAAUCGGAAACCGACAACAACGGCCGCAUUUGCGUACGAAUCCGGCGAUCUGUUUCCUCAGCUCCUGAAUCAAACUCAUCCAUUGGCAAUGGCAAUAUCAUCACUCCGAGAAUCUCCAACCUCUCCAACGCCGACAUCUUCUCAAUCAACACGCCGCUGCAGCUGCACGCCGGAGACGGCGAUCUCGCCUUUGGCUACGCCUCAUCCGACGCCUACUCUCUGCAGCCUACGCCGCGGGCCUCGAAUUUCAACGAGAUGGAGACGACGGCCACCAGCACGCCCGCGUGGGGGAGAUCUCCUGUGUCCGCCGGCAGGGUUUUCCGUCAGUCUCCGCCGGCGUUAUCGGGAGCCAGGGUGGUUUGGGAGUCACCGGGGAAAUGCCAGGGAGAAGAGAGACAAGGAUGCAAAGACAUUACUAUGUCAGAUAAAGAAAUUAGCUUCAGGGACAGCAUUAAAUUUCCAAUGCCAGGGGAAGCUGCGGACACCAAAGAUGCAGUUGCCGGUAACCAGAAAAUGCCACACGCCUUUGUCAUGAUAAGGCUUACACUUAUCGUAGUAGGCAGAAAACUUUCUCGAAACCCUAAUACAUAUUCUAGUGUAUUAGGACUAGUUUGGUCUCUAAUCUCCUUCAAAUGGAAUAUGGAGAUGCCUAGUCUGAUCAAAUCAUCUAUCAAAAUCAUCUCGGAUGCAGGCCUUGGGAUGGCUAUGUUUAGCUUAGGGCUUUUCAUGGCCCUUCAGCCCCGUAUCAUUGCCUGCGGUACCAAAAGAGCAGCCAUGGGAAUGGCCAUCCGAUUCCUAUGCGGACCUCUUGUAAUGUCAGCUUCCUCCAUUGCCGUUGGAUUGAGACGAGACAAACUACAUACUGCCAUUGUACAGGCAGCUCUUCCACAAGGGAUAGUGCCAUUUGUAUUUGCAAGGGAAUAUGGGCUGCAUCCUGAUAUUUUGAGCACAGGGGUUAUCUUUGGCAUGUUAGUUUCCUUACCAAUAACUCUCCUAUAUUACAUAUUUCUUGGCUUGUGAAGGGUGAGAAAAAAGCUACAACUUCAAAGAAGAAUCGGUGCAUUGAAAAAAGUGUCAUCUAAACUAUGAUAGCCCUACUAGAAUAGCUAGCUAGAAUAUCUGCAAAGUUGUAUAUAUAUCGGAACGCUUCCAUGUUCCCCCAUAAUUCUGUCAGCACCGACCACCAUUAUAUAAGAAGCCUUUCCAUUAUUGUAGACAUUACCUGCGGAGAAGGUUGACUUAGGUAAGGCCAACACUUCAAAAGCCAAAAGGCUUAUGGUUGUACGUAAUACAAGGUG